AAUCUCGAGAGCAAGAUAUAAUUCUCCUAACGAAAAAAAAGAGCGAUUCAGAACGAAAACGAUCGAACGAUCGAUUGAACGAAAAAGAGAAAUAUAGCGGAAUGUUUGGAAUUGCCGAAAGUAUCGAGUAACAAGUGGCUUUGUGUCGAGAGUCCACUUUCGAUCUUUUCUUCGCGAAAAAUACGUAGUACGCGGUGAUACGCGAUAGUACGCGUAGAGACACAUUCGCAAAAUAUCCUGUAUACAGAAGAUAAAUCUGUGCAGUCAUUCGUAAUAAAAGUGUGAUCUAACACGCGAUAUCUAUCACGAUCCGUGAUAAUUUUCUGAAUAAUUUGUUGUUUCAUGUAGAAGUGUGUGAUUUCCGGGUCAACGCAAAUCAAAUGUCGAACGACAUGGAAGAAUCGACGCAAUUGACCGAUUUAAGCAAUCACCGAGAGCAUCAUCGUCGAUACCAUUAUCAUCAUCAUCAUCAUCAUCAUCAUCAUCAUCAUCAUCAUCAUCAUCAUCAUCAUCGUCACGGAGGUAGAACAUCCGUGAGCGAAAUUGGUGAUGAUGAGUGCAGCACCGACAGCGGUUGCAGCAGCGGCGGCAGUAUCGGAAGUGGCGAACAUCUGUCACAGCGAGACAGCGGUGAACGAUCGUGCAGAUCUAGCAGAUCUAGCAGAUCUCCGGGAACGCACUACUAUUCGGAACGACUGCGUGCGACGCGGUCGCAAGAGCGACUCGGCGUUAGCGUGCAGAGAUCAUCGGAGCGCACUUGGAGCCCUCCUGAAAACAUCAGAAAUCUAUCUCGCGCGGGUGGUAUCUCACUUGCUUCGUAUCCCUCUAGCCCUUCGGAUGCGCACAGUAGUAGCGAUAGCGACUCUCUCAAGAGGCUUUCCACCGCGGAGACUCUACGACGAGCGUUUCAGAGUUUGAAGAUCACCUCGUCCAAGUGGAAUAGCAACAAGGAGAAGAAACACGCGAAGAAGAGUCCGAAGAGAAUUUUACGCAGCCCAGUGCCCUACGUAUAUGUCCGAGGACCAUCCGGUCUACCCACUCAAAGAAUUCCCCGAAAUUCCAUUUUUCAGCAUAAACGAUAUAGCCCUACCGAUAUAGUUCUUAACCAAGACCUGAUCGGUCUCUACUGAUAAAUAUCGACACA